AUGUCGUUCGCGUCGCGUCGCACAUCGUCGACCAGCACCGCGUCGCGGCGAGCUCGCGCAAACCCCAGUCCCCGCGGCAACGAGAAUGAUUGGCUGGGCCGCGGCGCGUCAUUGCCGCUGAUUUCGGAAACGUCCCUGAGAAUUCAGCUCAGCGCUUCCGUCUGUGACGGCGCUAAUUGCGGUGACACCACCCCACACGUGGAUGGCGACACGAGCUGGAGCCCGACGACCACUCUCGACUUCCCCGCCUCCCUUUCCCCCUCCCCUUGCGUCUCCCCUUGCGCCUCCCCGUCCGCGUUCUCUUCCGCCUCCCCUUCCGCGGAAGGAACUUCCGCCUCUCAUUCCGCCUCCGCCCGGCCGCGCGCGUUCCCCAUGUCUCCUUCCGCUGACUCCAUUCCGCUGCCCGAUGCCGCACAAUCAUUCGGCGCAUUCGACGAAAGAGCUGCUAAUGGUACCGCAUCAGCUGACGUGGCGCUUGAGGAUUGGUUGAACGAAGUAGCGGUGUCAUUGGCUCAAACGCCACCAGCGCAAUUUGCGGCACGAAUGCCAUUGGCGCUGGGGCGGAAGCAGCGGCAGCGGCUGAUGCGGCAGUGGUUCCGCGACGCGCCUGAUGAGCUCUUCCCACCCGCCGGGGCAUUUUCUGGAAAUCCGAGCCUGCAGCCUCGGAAACAGCCUCGCUUACACAGCAGCGGAAGAAAGGGAGGUGCAACUGGGGUAGGUGCAAUUGGGGGCGGUGCAAGUGGGGGCGGUGCAAGUGGGGGCGGUGCAAGUGGGGGAGGCGCAAGUGGGGCCAGUUUUGAGGCGGCGAGUGACUUCUGCAGGGAGAGAGGCAGGGGGCAGCACGGCGUGAUAUGGAGAUGCGUGCACCGCAGCACCGGGGAGAUUGCUGCGUGCGCAAGUAGAAUCCGGAAGUUCGACAUUCAGAGCUUUGCUGCUGACGUGGAGGCAGUGCGGAAUGAGGUGGCAUUCAUGGAGAAACUCAAGAUCCGCGUCAGCAUCAUUCGGGACAAGCAGGCUGCGCAGCCACACAGGCACGUGCACGUGGCGAUGGAGCUUUGCGAGGGGGAACCCCUGUGCCAUUAUGCCAUUUUCUGUGAGGGGGGAGACCUGUUCAUAUGGACCUGUGCCUAUAACGAGGACGUCCCAGGAGCCAUGUUCGGCAUGUGUCAAGAGUCGCCUGAAAGCGCCAAACUGAUUAACUUUGGCGUCGUUGUGAAAAUGGCUCCCAGUUUUGCUGCUUUUGAGGUGGUGGGGAUGGCUGAGUGUGUGGAGUGCGAUGUGUGCAGUGCUGGUGUCACGCUCUUCAUAGUGCUCUUUGCUGUGGCCAGUCUCCAUUUCUACGGGGCACCACAAUGGCAGGAGGAGGGACGUGUUGUUCCUGAGUGA